CCAUACCCCAUAUCGUCAACCUCUGCCAAUCCCACAAAAUCUCCACCCCCCGGGGAUCAGCAGCACAAUCACACAAGAGAAAAGAAAGAAAAUGGCAGCAAGCGUAGCAACAAUGGCGAUGCUCAAUGCAAAAUGCUUAAGCAUCAGCUCAACCAAGAUUACCAGCCCAACUAAACCAAACCCUAAACCUAUCUCUCUCCUCUCCAUGCAAAACCUCCCCAAGGGUCUCACUAUCUCAAAACCAAACCUCCCUUCGUCUUCUUCUUCACUUGCCGGCACCGCCAUUGCUGGAGCUAUUUUCUCCACCCUCAGCUCAUGCAAUCCCGCUUUCGCCGCCCAACAGAUAGCCGAAAUAGCCGAGGGAGACAACCGUGGUUUAGCCCUAUUGCUUCCAAUAAUCCCGGCCAUAGCUUGGGUUCUCUUCAACAUCCUUCAACCUGCACUUAACCAGCUGAACCGAAUGAGGACCACCAAGGGGGUGAUCAUCGGGUUAGGACUCGGUGGGUUGGCUGCGUCGGGGUUCAUGUCGGCACCGGAAGCAUCGGCGAGUGAAAUCGCCAUGGUUGCUGACGCUGCUUCGAGUGACAACCGGGGGACACUUCUCCUCUUCGUGGUGGCUCCGGCUCUUCUUUGGGUGGCCUACAAUAUUCUGCAACCGGCGCUGAACCAGCUUAACAGGAUGAGAUCUCAGUGAGCUAGUGUUGAUCUUUGUAUGAGGGUGUAGUAGCAUGUAAAUUGCAACAAAUUCACCAUUUGAAUGGAACUCUCUUUAAUUACAUAAAAAAAACAAAAUUUUCAUGUA